AUGCCACAAGGGUCUUGGCGUCAUGCCAAGGAAUCAAAUCACCCACCUGCGAAGCGCACGGAGGUUCGGGGGCCAUCGGUUAACGUCAAAGUCGAAAGGGCGACGAAGCGGCACGGUAACUCGACUGUCAAUGACGGGAUGGCCGAUGGUGGUUGGGCUAAUGCGCUGGGAGAAUGUGAUGGAGGUGGAGCCAAUGCUACGUGGGAUGCCCAUGAUGCAGGUGCAGACUGCCACCGUCCGAAAAAGGAGGCGUUAAUGAAGGAGGGGAGGGGCGAGAGCAUGGGUUCUCCUGGCACCAGUCCCGGCCAAACUGCAGAAAGCACACCCGCAGAAGGGCAGCCCAUCCGUCGCCGGCAUGGCAUGCCGAAACUCGAGCUCAUGAGGGUGAGCAUGGCAUCUCCCUUCGCUUUCAUCCAUUGGCUCCCCCUCCACCUGUCCCCUUCGCGGGCAUACAUCCCCUGUGCACUCUCGUCCCUCUUCUCCCUCAUACUGUCCCCUGUGCCCUCUCAUCCCUCUGAUCCCUCUCACCGUCCCCCAUGCUCCCUCAUCCCUCUGUUCCCCCUUGCUGUCCCGGUGCUCUCUCAUCCCUCUGCUGCCCCUUGCUGUCCCGGUGCUCUCUCAUCCCUCUGCUGCCCCUUGCUGUCCCGGUGCUCUCUCAUCCAUCUGCUGCCCCUUGCUGUCCCCCUCCCCUCUCUCAUCCCUCUGCUCCCUCUCACUGUCCCCCGUGCUCUCUCAUCCUAUCAACCCGUCUAUCUCAGCUUCAUUUCAUCGAGGCGCGGGACCGGAUGUGCAUGGAAGCUGCCGACCAUGCCAUAG